AUGCCCUGCAGUGUGCAAGCGAGCUCAGGAGCAGCAGCAGGCAUCCGCGAGGCACGCUCAUACGGCAACGCAGACAGCAGCAGGAGUGACACCAGUGAAAGCACCCACGACCCGGAUUUCUUCGCGAGCCUGUGCGGAGAGUUGAAGCUGUCUCCGGAGCAAUUUGAAGUGUUCGAGGAGUUCAGUCGGACCAUGCGGCAGUGCGCGCUGGCCUUCCUCUGCGUUGCAGCCAGCAACAUCACACUCACAAUGCUGCAGGCGAGGCAGCAGGUGCUGCAUGAGCCGAUAGUAUUACUAGCGGGGGUCACAGUGGGGAACUUUGCAUUCUGGGCUGACAGCCUCCUGGUGGCUGUGCUGCUGCAUUAUGGAGCCUCCAGCUUCAAACGAGUGGCCGAGGUCAAGUGUGACAACCAGCUGCCCUACAUCUUCCAGCGUGUAAAAAUAAUAAUAAUUCAACUAAUAGUAAUAAUAAUAAUAAAUGAUAGUAGUAGUAAUAAUUUAAUAAUAAUAAUAAUAAUAAUAAUAAUAAUAAUAAUAAUGAUAAUAAUAAUAAUAAUAAUAAUAAUAAUAAUAAUAAUAAUAAUAAUAAUAAUAAUAAUAAUAAUACGAAUACGAUCAUACCGGCUGAGCCUGGUUUUUCAGCAGUUUGCCAUUGCAGCGCUGGCAGUGGCUGUGGUGCACACCCUGGAGGCAGCUGCUCGGCAUCCGCCCAUCACAAAAGUCGCCGCCUCUCUCUUCUUCGCUGUCGCCGGCGUGCGCAGCGCGGCGCUGUGGUGGCUGAUGAGCGAGCGGUCAAGUGUGGGGGGAGGGGGGAUCCCUGAGAUGCUGGCGCGACUAAAGCGGGGGGACCGUGACUCAUCGCCACGCUGGGAGCGAUUUGCCAUGCGACUUCUCGUUGGGCACUUGCUGGCUUACAGCAUCCCAGGCAUGGAGCGCCAAAAGGAUGACUCGCAGGGCAGCGGCCAGGUGGCAGCAGAGGUCAGCUCAAGCAAUGGAGCUGGGAAAAGUGACAAUGAAGGAGUGGAGAAGGGAAAAGGGGUCGAGUAUGAGUUCACUGGGGGAGAGACGCAGUUACUAAGGAUCUGCAUGGAUGCCAUGCACAUGGCAGGCCUCGCGCUCAUAGUCCAGGGAGUCGCCACCGGCCUGCUCGGUGUGGCAAACUAUCUCUCCGGCAGCCCGGCGAGCGCGGUGUCCAUGGGCUACAACGGGGUUAGUAAGGCUCUGACGGCCGCGCUAAUUUUCCGCGCGUCGGCCGCCUUCGACCGGUCGGUGUCCGGCCCCGGCUGCAACAUCACUAACAUGCUGCGCGCCAUCGGAGAUCAGGGGCUGACUCAGCUUUUUCACCAGCUGACUGUGUUCGCUUGGACCGUCACCAUGCCUCAGGUGGGCAGCCUGCGCGCUAUUUGA